ACAAUCAAACAAUCAACGCAGAGUAAGAAAUGACCCUUUUAAAGGUUUUUUUUCCUGUCUCUGAGCCCCUUAAGAUCAUUUCCAGGGGCUAAAUUUACACGAACCAUGCGACCCAUAUUUCUUUAUAUAUAUUUAUUUAAUUUAAAAAAUGCAACACUUUACUGGAGACACUCCAAUAUAUUUUCUUCUUGAUUUUUGUUCUUGAUAAAGUUACAAAGUUAACUGUAUUUUUAAGCUUUAGUGUGAGAUUCAAAACUUGAUAUCAUUAUAAUUUGCUGUGUAAAAUAACCAAAGAAGGCGAUGACAAUAUUGAAUUAUUUAUCUCAUGUUGAACAAGUUUUUGGUUUUAGGCUUUUUUUUUUCUACUUUGGCUUCUUUUGUCCUAUUUUCUAUUGGUCACUGCAGAUCUGGACUGUAAUUCUGCUGCUCAGGCCACAGGUGAACCUGACAAGAAAAUUACACGUAUUAUUAUUAUUAUUAUUACACGUCAUCAUUUCAAAUGUGUUUACAAUCACUGACGUGCGUGUCAAUGGUGGUUCUUAAUUAAAAUAAAGACUAUACAAUGUUUCAUAUUUAUUAAAAUGAAGUGUAUUAUUGUGAUUAAUGUGAUUUAUGUCUCAAAUUAAAAUGACCUACUUGAUUGUUUUAAAUGUCUUGUAGAUAAUCAUGAUUCUCUGUAACCGAAUUAUUUAUGUAUUUUUUGUAACUGUCGUUGCUGACAUUUUAACUGACUCAAUAAAAAAAAAACAAAAAAAACAAAUGGACAGUGAGGUUGAAAAGUGCUCGUGACAAUUUGUGCACAGGGGUGAAUUAUUACGACAGGCGGUCAACAAAACAGAAAAUUAAGACACAUCCUGAGAGGAAAAAUAUGGCAGCAAGUGUGUUUUUCCUGAAAAGAACUGCUCUGCGUGGCGACUGCCUCCAGGCCAGGUCUUAUCUGCUGCAGCGGGGAGGAUGUGGUCAGUGCUGGGAGCCUUUCUCUGUUGAUGGGUUGACUGGUACCGGUGCUGGGGCUGUGAGGGAUGGAGGCCAUUGUUCCUGUGAGCCCUGGGUAGAAAAUGUGUGAUGUUACACACAGAGCUGCUCUCCGGUGGGGGCUAUAAUAGGAGUCUGGGGGCUCGGGCACGUCAAAGUCAUUUGGGUGAAAUUCUUCCAUAUUGUGAGGACAGCAGCUCUGCCACACAGUCGGACCUGAUGGACACCCAGUCUGAUCUGGAGGUGAUCUUAGAGUUCCUGGAGGAGUACUACAGACUCAACGCUGUAGGAAAUGAGGCCGCUGUGUACUGCACUGCACCUAUGGAAAACAGACUCUGUGAUCAGCGCUGGAGCAGCUGUGAGCAACCUGCGCCUCAGCCCCUUUUGGCACACGACGUUCCACCAACCCUCUGCCAAAACACAACAACAGCAACACUAGCUGAACAUGGGCCGCUGCCAAACUACAUAUCCACAAGACAAACAAAAAGACACAAGGCCAGAGCAGCGGGGAGCGGUAAAAAGGUCAGACUCUUUCACUUUCUCUUUGAGAUGCUGGAGGACCCCAGCAUGGCCCACUGCGUCUCCUGGGUGGCAGCAGCCGCUGGUGUUUUCCGUUUUUCCUCCACAAACAAAGACCAAGUGGCGGCGCUAUGGGGCCAGAGGAAGGGGAACAAGAGGCCAAUGACAUAUCAGAAGAUGUCCCGGGCCCUCAGGAACUACGGCAGGUCAGGAGAGAUCUUCAAGGUUAAGAAGAAACUCACCUACCAGUUCAGCCAAGACACCUUGAUGUCACUGCAGAAGUCCCAUGAAGGAGGGCUGUAAAUGUUCCAAAAUGAUCUCUCAUGUCCAAAUUUCUACAUUUAUUCCUAUCUUUUUUUUCUUCUUCUUUUAUCACGAUUGUCCCUUCAGUUACUGAUGUAAAUAAUACAAAACAAAUAAAGAUUGUUUUUCUAGAUGGUGAGUUUUUUAUGAGAAAUGUAUUAAAACAAAAUAUGAGUAUUUGACUAUUAUUAUAGAGAGUUAAUUUGAGACUAAAAUGUAUUAGACAAACAUUUUUGGUUUCAAAUUUUUUUCAAAGCAUUUUCAAAGUCACAGAACUUUUUUUCUCUGUUUUAAGUUUUUA